UCUCUAAUCUAAGUCAAAGUGAAAGUGAUGUGGUGCCUCCUCCAGUCUGUGUGUGUCUGCUGUCUGACUCACAGUUGAAGCCUCUGGGAUGUUAGUAAGAUGGCCUCAGCCUUAGUGGUCUUGGUCUUGGCCUCAGCCAUUGUUUUCUCUGCCUGCAUCUCACCCUCACAAGGAUUUGAUAUGGACAAAUGGUAUUUGGAGGAAAAGGUCCCUGGGGAGCCCUUCAGCCUUCACUGCUCUACCCAAGAGCAACAGAGCAAACUCACAUUGUACAAACUCAGCAAGGCGAACAACAUCAACAUAAUGCAUGUUUUCAGGGAGGAAAGUGACAAAGAAGGAACGCCAACCUAUCACCAACGAUACAUGAACAGAGUAAACUUCACAGGACCCUUGAAGGAUCUGUCCAUAAUCAUCACAAAUCUGACAGAGGAGGACUCUGGAGUUUACUACUGUAAAUAUACUACAUUGGUAAAAGGGGAUCCCAUCGAAAUCAUGGCCAAUAAAGUUUUUGUACUUUUCGUGAAUGGGCCUGUGUGUCUAGAGCCAUUCGCAUUCAACGCAAACACUGGCCCCAUGCCCAACACCAACUUCAUUCUGAUUUUGUUCUCCACCAUCACUGCUGUGGGGGUCCUCCUGAUGUUUUUAAUGAUGCUAGUGUUUUAUGUUAUACCUAAGAUCAAGACGUUGCGGGCUCCGCAAGCGGCACAGAACAGAGGGAAUGACGUGUACGAGGUCAUGAGCGCCACGCUGAAGAGAACGUGAUGGAGUGGGCCGUGCUACCCCAGGGACAGGCCACACAACAGUCGUGUCUGCUUUUAAGGCUCCGAGGGGAUGACGGAUCAAAACGAAAAACAAUGCUUCCAUGUCAUCCUUGUGGGGCUACAUGCCCACCAAGUUUUGUGCACUCCGGUCUUUCAGUGUUCUGGGGAUCAAUUGCUUUGAAUUGCCUGAAGCUUCCUGUCACUCCAAUUCAAAUUCAACUUCCUGUGGGGCGGAGCCAAUUAAAUUCAAAUUCCAAUUCAUGAAUUGAAUGGAGACCCAUUCUAAAAUUUGGAAUUUUGCACAAGCCUGACACACACACACACACCAUUACGCCCCCCCCCCCCCCCCACACACACACACACACACUCACAAGCGAAAACACACACACAGAGAAGCACACAAGCACAGGACGUCUUUAGCUGUGCUUUGUGCCUUUCGCUAUAGACCAGUUUUUUCUUGGUCAGUGGCAUAAUGAUUUUUAGAGGGUGUAAGAUAGCGAUUUUUGGAUGAUGAGCCAGACCACACCUCAUGUCGUUAAUUCUCACACCCCUGGGCGCAAGGUUUAACAAAAGUGUAGCGAAUGGCGAACACUUUUCUUAAGAUAAGAAAAAGCCUUGCGUCGCGCUUUGCACCACCUUGCGCCGGGGGUACGAUAGGGCCCUUUGUGUGUUUUGCCAUGUGUUCUGUUUCUUGUCACUUCCUGUUGUGCUUUGGUUACUUCCUGUGUCCUCUCUACCAUGUGUUCCUUUGUUUACACUUGGCAUGUGCUUUUGUCACCUUAACAGUGUUUCCUGAUUAUUGUCUUGAUUGCUUUCCACCUGUGCCUUGUUAGUCUUGUAAAGUGUUGUGUAUUUAAACCCUGUCUUCUUGUGUUCUCUAUGGAGACCAUCUCUCCACUCCGUUACAUAUUCCAUAUGUACGGGGAAUGACCCCCCACUGUUACGACCGUCUGUUAAGAAGGUUUGUGUGUGAGUUAGACUACAGCUUUAAAUCCACUUAAUUUGUAAGGUUGGGCGUCUGUCUACGGGCAGCCUCCCUGGAUUGUUGUAGCCUUUUCAUCCUCCUCCUUGGCUUGAAGGUUGUGAAAUCCCUUGGCAACGUAUUGUGUACGUAACCCGUGGCUCACGCGUUGUUCGGGAAUCCUUGCUUGGCCGGCUUCGGUCAGCUAUAAGCAAGUGAACUACCCAUUCCAGCUACUCAAGCCGGACUGAACGGCGCAGGCUCCGGUCGGCCAAGGUGGGUGAACUCCGUUCUAGCUAGCUUCCUCAUCUCUGAGAUUGCUCAGCUUCAUGCUCCGGUUACUGGGAAUUGCAGCUGUGAUUCCUGAGCCUGUUUUUGUACGUCCAGAGACCUCGUGGAACAAGUGAGAACAAGUGAGUUGUACUCCAGCUGAGACAAGUGAGACAAGUGGAACAAGUGAGUUGUACUCCAGCUGAGACAAGUGAGACAAGUGGAACAAGUGAGUUGUACUCCAGCUGCCUGGCUCCCGACGUCACGGUAUUAUCGUCUUCACAGCUGAUUAGUUUUGGCAUGACACGUGUCUGCAGGUAAGUAUACUGUAAGUGCUGGUAGAUGCCUCGUUCCUGCAGUGUAUUGCCCGUGCUGCUGCCCACUAACACACUCGGGAACAGCCCGUGUACUGUGCUAGCCAGCUCAUAGCACACGGGUGGCUUUGGCCUCAUCGCUAUUCACGCUGACCCCAGCGGCAGCGCUCAUUUCCCUUUUACCAAGCGACUGCUGCACCUUUUCGUCUGAUGGGUCGACAGUGGUUCUUUGCCCCAAUCCAGCCUUUCUACCCAAGGUCCUGACUGACUUCCAUCUGUCACAGUCAGUGAAGCUGCGGUCUCUCCCGGCCUCGGUAGCGGAUCAGCUGGCAAUUUGCCGGGUCUGAGCUCCGUCGGAGUACAUGCGGCGUACUCAACCUCCUACAGAGGUCAGACCAGCUCUUCGUAUGCUUUGACCCUGGGUGCCUGGGACAGCCUCUGUCGAAAUCCCAGCUGUCCCAUUGAGUUGUGGACGCCAUCCAGGAGGACUAAACUCUUUCGGACGCCCUCCAUGGUUCGGGCGCAUUCGACGCGUGGCAUGGCUGCUUCCUGGGCCCUAUGGCGGGGAGCCUCUCCCUCUCCGCCAUAUGCGCAGCGCCCACUUGGUCUUCUCGCUCCACAUUCUCCAGAUUCUACCGUCUGAAUGUGGCAGCCAGCCCCUCCUUUGCCGAGCGUGUGCUGGGUGUGGCUCCGGAGUAAAGCUGAGAGCCCCCUUUCCCUUGGUUGGCUUGCGUCUUGCGGGCCAACCUGGGUGGCCCCUCGUCACAGUGCUGGCCCUUGCGCCUGGCGGGGUGUUCUGUGUUCUGUGUUCAGGGUUGGGACUUGCGUCUUGCGGACCCACCCGGGCUACCCAUCUGCCCUCGGGCUUGGCCUUGCGUCUUGCUGAGCAUCGUCCCGAUCGGCAUGUACAUAGUGUACAUUUGUAAAUAGUUUGUUGAUGGCACACGGUGCUUUGGGUGUGGGCUGCGCUAUCUCCUUGCGGGGUGUCGUAAAGAGUUGUAGGAAUAUGUAACGGAGUGGAGAAAUGGUCUCGAGACAAUAGAGAACGUUGGGUUAUGUUGUAACCCUGGUUCUCUGAGUGAAGAGAUCAUAUCUCCAGUCCUCAGGCCACUUGGAGACCCGUUCCGAUCAAACUAUCAGUGAUUAUGUGCCAACAGAGGUGUUAUAUAGGUUCGGGUGUGGGCGUGUCCGGGCGAGCCGGUGUGUCUUAAAGCCUAUCCACGGUCCUUAGCAGGUGGGGGGUCAUUCCCCGUACAUAUGGAAUAUGUAACGGAGUGGAGAGAUGGUCUCUUCACUCAGAGAACCAGGGUUACAACAUAACCCAACGUUCUUUUUUUUUUGGAUUAUUUUGUCUCUUGUGAGGUUUGUGCUCUUAUCUAUUUCUAUAUGGUCAAGUUAGGAGUUUGUGUUCAUGACAAAUUUUAAACACCAACUCAUAGGUUGAUUUCAAAACUGAAUGUAUACUUCAUCUUCAUCUUAAAAUGUCUUUUAAAAAAUGUAUAUGCGUAUACAUACAGUAUGUAUAUGUAUUAAAAUGAAGAGCAAUUGUGCCAGAAGUGUUUCAAUGCUUCAAAACAAUUCUGACACCUCAGUGCUGUUUAUGGUGGAACAAAGCUGUUGAAUGCUUCGUAGCAUUCAGAUCAGAUGCACAACAAAAUGGAAAUUGUAAAUGCUACUGUAAUAUCAUCUGAGGCAUUCCAUUUAAAAGUAUUGCUCAACACUGGUAUUGGCCAGCUUUAAACCAAAUCUUUUGUUGAUUAACCUAGGCUUGACUCUUCCCACAGUGCGUAUGCACUAGCAGGGAAAUAGGCUGCCAAACUUGAGGCUCUCAUAUCAGAGUAAUGUUUAAGUUUUUCAUUCUUGAAUAUAUGUGUGUGCUGUUUUAAAAUGUGCUGUCUGGAGAUAUGGUUUAGUAGGACUUUUGGUAUGUAUAUUUUUUACUAAAGAGAGAAAUGCUUUUUCUCUACAUCAAUAAGCAUGGUGUGAUGUCUUGCAGCUUCUCUGAAAAUGCAGACUAUAAAUAUCGUCAACAUUUUAUUUUCAAAACUUUUUCUUAAUUCAUUCAUUAAAAAUGUAAUUAGGUUGUACCAAUGGCAGCUAUCACUCUGAUCCCUUGUCACAUUUCACCUCAGCAGAAUAUAUCAGGGUCAGAAAAGUUCUGAAAAGUUUUAGAAUUUUUGAUUUUGGUAUGUCAAUGUCAACACCAUCUGGGGUUAUGAGGAUAUCACUGAACUUUAUGUUAUUCUUGUGAAGUAGGCUCUAUCUAUGGCAUCAACAGAAGAAUUAAUACCUGAAAUGCCUAAAAUAGCAUUUAUUCUGUCUAAAACAAAUUCCCUCCCACCACAUCAACACAAGUUUGGUACUACUUUCCUUACUGCGACAAAGAGCUCCUGCCAAAAUGUAACACUUAGUUCAGAGGAUGAGAGCAGGUUCCUGUUUACAUCCACGAAGCAGCCUGAGGUUAUUGUGGUUGUGCUCUCAUGACUCAGUUAUAGUCUAGGCAAUAUGUGAAAAAAAAAGUGUUCUUACCUGAAUACAGAAAGUUGCUAGGACGGUAAUCGACUAGGCGGCAGCUCAGACAAUGGCAGAAGGGCCGUUCGUCAUGUUAUGAGGUUAUGUGCCAUCAGAAAUUAUUUUGGAAACGUUAGGUUAAGGUAAAAAAAAACUCUUAAGGGUGCCUAUAAUAUUGAAAAAUUAAACAUUGUGCCUGUCAUAGGAAUUCUAUUAUUUCCUGUCAGAAUUUCACCAUAGGCUACAAUAGGAGUUAGAUACAAACAGCUACAGUAUCUUUCGUUCCUCUUUAAGUAUGAAUUGUGUGCACGUUGUUUGAUAACAUGAGGAUGAUCAGGAAAACUAACAAACCAGCACUGACAGACGUUGUAUUGGCUGACAUCCAAUCCAUGGACAGAUUAUGAGUCACUGGGCCCCACUUACUUUCAAAUAGCAUAGCUUGAUGAUAAAGCAGGGGAAAGGCUACAAUGUGUGUGUGUGUGUGUGUGUGUACGCGCGGUGGUGGUGGUGGUGGGGAGAUGAAGCUGUUUGUCACUUUGGUAAUGGAAGGAGCGAGGAACUGUUGCAGACCCCUAGAGCCAUGCAUGUGUAAACCUCUCAGCCUAUCACAUUCUGAGAAAAACAUGCGUCUUGGAACACGUACACGCUGUUUGUUGUUGUUGUUGUUGUUGUUUUUGCUGAUGAGGCCAGCAUGACUCAGAUUGUGUACUAAAUGUGAUGUCUCAAAUGAGUUUUCUCAAUACAAAGUAGGCUUACGUUAAAGAAUGAGCUUCCGACACAGUACGCUCAAUUUGCAGUUUGAGACAGCAGCGUUCUUGCCAAAUGAACGGCUCUGCUUGAGUCAGCCAUCCUCUCUCGGAUCAGCUCGAGAGUCUAGUAAUGUAUUUACCUAUUGCUCUAUUGGUCUAUCCAGUAUUUUCUGAUAUUUACAAUAAAACAUUUAAUUUA